AUAUCCAUCUUCUCACUUCCUUUUCACACCAACUAACUUGAUUAUCUGUUCCCAUGAAUCAUGGGGUUGUGUUUUCUGUUGAAAAAUGUUGUUAGUGUAUGUUUGAAAAUCAAUUCCCAGUAAAAAGUUAGUAACUUUUGGCAAGAAGAAAGAUAAGCUGAUCCAAAACAUGUUAUCCAUCAUUUUUUACAUUGUUAUGUCUUGUGCUUUAUCAACCAUUUCAUGACACAUUUGAAGGAAGUGAUUUCAGCUAGCUACACUUUCAAAAGGAAAAAUCCACACAAAUUUUUGGUUUCAUUCACUAAGUAGUGAUUUUGGAAGAUGUUGUGUGCUUGCUCCGGGGAGCAAUUCAAAUUUGAAGAGGCGCCGCAGUCACCGGAAUCCCUGGCAACAAGGGAUUUCUCUGCUAGUGGACUAUCUUCAAAUUCAAGGACAGGGGAUUGUGAAUCCAAAUUCAGUGAGGCCCAAGUAGAAGAUGCUGAAUCUACUCUAAAAGAAGCUCUCUCAUUAAACUAUGAGGAAGCUCGAGCUUUGCUGGGGAGGCUUGAAUAUCAAAGAGGGAACUUUGAUGCUGCCCUUCAAGUGUUUCAAGGUAUAGACAUCAAGGCUAUAAGCCCAAGGAUGAUUAGGGCUAUAACUGAAAGAACCAAGCAAAGAAAACCGCGUUCAAAGGCCGAUAAUGUGCUUCCAAAUUUGAUGUCAAUGCAUUCAGUAAGCUUGCUUCUUGAGGCAAUUUAUCUUAAAGCCAAAUCCUUAGAGGAACUUGGGCAAUACACUGAGGCUGCAAAGGAGUGCAGAAUAAUUGUGGAUACAGUUGAAUCUUCUUUUCCUAAUGGAAUGCCUGAGGGUAUUGGUGAAGAUUGUAAGUUGCCAGAAAUUUUCCACAGAGCAUUGGAGUUGCUUCCAAAUCUAUGGAUCCAGGCAGGCUUUCUAGAUGAUGCUGUCACCGCUUAUCGGCGUGCUCUGACCAAGCCCUGGAAUUUGGAGCCAAGGAGGUUGGCUUGUCUACAAAAGGAUUUAGCCACUACACUACUCUAUGGUGGUGUUGAAGUAAACCUACCCCCUCAGUUGCAAGUGAAAGGUCCAAGUCCAACAACACCUUUGAGUAAUAUUGAAGAGGCAAUACUUUUGCUGUUAAUACUCUCAGGAAAGAUGGCACUUCAGGAGAUAGAAUGGGAUGCUGAAAUAAUGGAUCAUCUCACAUUUUCUCUUUCAAUUACUGGAAUAUUUGAAUCACUGGCAGAUCAUGUAUUGCAGAUCCAUCCAGGUAUCUAUGACCGAGCUGAGAGGUGGUACUUUCUCGCACUUUGUUACAGUGCAGCAGGACACAAUGAAACAGCUUUGAACCUUUUGAAGAAAGCUUGUGGUAGUUCUGAAGCAAAGAAUAGACCCCAUUUUCCUUCAUUUUUGUUUUGUGCAAAACUGUGUUCCCAAUAUCCAAUCCAUGCUUAUGAAGGCAUUAAAUUUUCCCAGGAAGUUAUCGAUCUAGCCCAGCAUCAAAAUGAGCACUUUUUGAGCCAAGGGAGAAAAUUUCUUGGUAUCUGCCAUGGAGCAGCGGCUAGAAUAUCUGUACUGGAUUCUGAAAGAGUUUCAUUUCAAAGAGAGUCUUUAAACUUUCUAAACAAAGCUGUUUUAAACGGAAAUGACGACCCUGAAGCAAUAUUCAGCCUUGGACUGGAAAAUGCAGUUCAAAGGAAUCUAAAUGCAGCUCAUGACAACAUGAUGAUGUACUCAGACAUGAUGGUUGGAAGCUCUAGAAGAGGUUGGAAGCUGUUAGCACUUAUAGUAUCUGCACAGCAGAGGUUUAAGGAUGCAGAAACUUUAGUUGAUUUUGCUUUAGAUGAGUCUGGGAGAAUAGAUCAGUUAGAACUACUAAGAUUGAAAGCUGUGCUUCAAAUUUCUCAGCAGCAACCCAAACAAGCAAUAGAGACCUACAGAAUCUUGCUAGCAGUAAUACAAGCAAAAAAGGAGGCUUGGCUUCAAGCUAAGGAGGAGCUCCAUCAAGCAAAAAUAUUCAGGGAUGAGGAAUUAACAGAACAGAAGUUAGAAAUGGAAGCUUGGCAGGAUUUGGCAACCAUUUAUGCAGAUCUUAGAUCUUUUCUUGAUGCAAAAGCUUGCGUUGAUAAAGCCAAGUUGAUAGAAUUUUUUGCUCCUAGGAGUUGGCAUACAACAGGGAAGUUGUUUGAAGCUCAAUCAUUAUACAAGGAGGCCUUUGUUUCCUUCUCAGUUUCAUUGUCAAUAGAACCGGAUUACAUUCCCAGCAUCAUUUCAACUGCAGAAUUGUUGAUUAAACUUGGUAAAGAAUCACUUCCAGUUGCAAGAAGUUUCUUGAUGAAUGCUUUGAGAUUGGAACCCACAAACCAUGAUGCUUGGUUCAAACUCGGAUUGGUUUCAAAAAUGGAAGGUUCAUUACAGCAAGCUGCAGAUUGCUUUCAAGCUUCACAUGAGCUGAAGCUAUCAGCUCCAGUGCAAAAAUUUGAGUGAUUGAGACUUUGGAGAACUAUAAUUUUUUAUGGCUGAGGGAAAAUUAGCUUAACCAAGAGCAUAAUAGACAUGCCUUGGUUAUCCUUGCUUGGGGGUUAAGUAUUUGUUAAAAAUGUAUAGCUAAAUAUAGCUACUUUUCUAUAGAUUUAUACUAUGUUUAGAUCAGAUUCUAUUUUCUCAUAAUUAAUUCCGACA